CCCGCUCAAGGCAUGCAGCCUAUUGCGCUGCCAGCAGAGGGCAGGGGCUGCCGCUCUUCCCUUCUCGGGCGCGCUAUUUUUUCCCCGCUUCCUCCGUCACUCCGCUUCCACAAACAGCAUCCGUCGUGGCGAGCAGGCUUCCAGGUAGAGACCGAGCGAGCAACCGGGCCGGCGCCAAGAUGCCGCUGGGCCUGAAGCCGACUUGCAGCGUAUGCCGCACCACUUCCUCGUCCAUGUGGAAGAAAGGAGGCCAGGGCGAGAUCCUUUGCAACAACUGCACGGGCCGGCCGGGGGUGGCUGGCGCCGGGGGAGCUGCCUACGCCACCACCUCGGCUGCUGCGCAGCAUAGCAACGGCGGCAGUGGCGGCGGGAGCGGCGGCGGUGGAGGGAAGCAGAGUAAGCAAGAAAUUCACAGAAGAUCUGCUCGAUUAAGGAACACAAAAUACAAGUCUGCUCCAGCUGCUGAAAAGAAAGUUUCCACUAAAGGAAAAGGGAGGAGGCAUAUUUUUAAGUUAAAAAAUCCCAUCAAAGCUCCAGAGUCUGUAGCUACCAUAAUUACAGCAGAAUCUAUCUUCUAUAAGGGAGUUUACUAUCAGAUUGGAGAUGUUGUUUCAGUGAUUGAUGAGCAGGAUGGUAAAACAUACUAUGCUCAGAUUAGAGGGUUUAUUCAAGACCAAUACUGUGAAAAAAGUGCAGCUUUAACUUGGCUCAUUCCUACUACAGCUAGCCCCAAAGACUGUUUUGACCCUGCAACUUACAUAAUAGGACCAGAAGAAGAUCUUCCAAGGAAAAUUGAGUACUUAGAAUUUAUUUGUCAUGCACCUUCAGAAUAUUUCAAAUCUCGAUCAUCUCCUUUCCCUACCAUUCCUACUAGGCCAGAAAAAGGUUUUAUCUGGACUCACGUUGGACCUACUCCAGCAAUCUCAAUCAAAGAAACUGUUGCCAGCAACUUGUAGUUUGUCUUGCUUUUUGAGAGACUCCUUUUUAUGUAUAUUAGAUUCACUAUCAAUGUUUUGUUUUAAUUAAUCCAACUAGCCCUGUGAGUAGCUUUUAUUUAUUAUUUAAAUUUGGGUGCCUUUGUUAAAAUUAAAAAUUAUUCAUGUUAUUUGGAA